UAUAAUUUCAAUUAUUACAAUUUCAUUCAACCGCAAAAUGAAUUAAAUGUAAUCAUCUAUUAGAUAAAGAUGAAAUCGAAUAGAAUGAACCACGAUGCUCUUUAUUUAUAGCAAUACAACGUAAUUCGCCUUUCCAGUGCGUAAUUUCAUUGUAGCGAUGUUUAUAGGGAGGCACACGUAAAAUAUCUCAAAAAUGGCCUCAUUUUCCUCCGAAUUGGAACCAAACGACGAAUUGUGGCGUGAGUGCGCUUCGUGGCUUACGAAAUGGGACAUGCUUCGCCCUGACCACAAAGCAAACUGGCCAGAAAGUGGUAUAGCCGACCUAGCAAACAUAUUGAGAGACGGGGUGCUUCUUUGCAAAUUGCUCAACAAAAUCGACCCAGGGUGCAUCGAUAUGAAAGACGUUAAUCUCAAGCCGACCAUGGCACAAUUUUUGUGUCUGCGCAAUAUAAAUUUGUUUUUGAAGACAUGUUUUGAGAAUUUCGGUCUGAAACAGACUGAUUUGUUCGAGGAUACAAUGCUGUUUGAUCUGACAAACUUCCAUCAGGUGCUUUGUACGCUCUCUAAGUUAUCUUCAAGUUCCAAAUCUCUCAGGGGUGGCGUUCCUGCUUUUACUGCCCAGAAAUUGAAAAGCAGAGAAGAAGAGGUCAUAUAUCAAAGUUUAAAAUCAGUAGAUUUAAGGUCUAGCCCCAGUUUUAAUAGCAUUGAGCCUAGCUGGAUGCAGUUUACCAUACCCUGCCCUCAGCUGGAUGACAAAGAAAAUGAGAUAUAUGAUGAUUUAUGUUAUGUCACCUUUUCGUCCACUUUGCCAGAGGUAGAGACACCAAGCUUACAGCAGACUGUUUUUCUUUAUGUUUUGUAUAAAUCGCAAAAGUGUUUGUUUUUGCGGAUUUUGCACGGCCUCUUAUUUUUUGAUUUAUUUAAUUUUUUUUUCUCGAGUAGUGAACCUAGUCACACCAGAAGUAUUGUAGACCCCGAAUAUGAUAUGACUCGCGAGGAAAUCUACCAGGACUUGUGUGUGGUGCACAGUUCCAUUGAGCAGCCGCCGACUUUCGAAAAGCGGGACUUUGUGAUAAAAGAGCUGGUCGACACGGAAAAGAACUACGUGGACGUUUUACAUAAGUUAAAGAAGAAUUUCAUGAUCCCGCUGCUGAACCUGAUCAAGGCGGAGGACCACAGCUGCGUUUUUCACAAAAUCAAGGAACUGCAUGACAUUCACGCCACGUUUUACAACGAACUGCUGAAGGUCAAAUCUGACCCCAAUCAGCGAUUGAGCGGUAUUUUCAUGAGGUGGAGGGAGAAGUUCCUGGUGUAUGGUAGUUACUGCGCCAACUUGACUAAAGCGACCACCGUGCUGCAGGAAUUGUGCGACACGGACGAACCGUUCAACCAAGCGGUUAUCAAAUACGAAAAAGAAGUGAACAACGGCCGUUUCAAACUGCGCGAUGUGCUGUCCGUGCCGAUGCAACGGAUCCUCAAAUACCACCUCCUCUUGGAAAAACUCAUAGAGAAUACCGACGUGAACCACGAUGAAUACAACGAUCUUCGGAGAGCCCGGGAAGCAAUGCUGGACGUAGCGGGUUACAUCAACGAGGCGGCACGCGACAGCGAACACCUCAACGUCAUCAACAACCUGCAGGAGACGAUCGUCGAGUGGCAGCACGACGCCGACCUCAAGCUUUCCGACUACGGAAAACUGAUCAAGGACGCGGAACUCAAGAUCAAGGCCCACGAUGAUCAGAAGACCAGGAACCGUUACGUAUUCGUCUUCGACAAGUGCAUCCUCAUAUGCAAGCAGCUCAGGAGCAACCAGUUCGCGUUUCGCGACAUUUUAAAUAUCGCGGACUACCACGUGGACGAGAUCCAUAACAGGGCGAUCCUGAACAAGGACGCGCGAUGGUCCUACCAUUUCCUGCUGGUCAAAAACGACCACCGUAUGGUCUACACGAUCUUCGUGCGGUCGUUGGAGCUCAAGCAGCAAAUAAUCAAGGCCGUCAACGACGCGCUGGACAACAUCCACCCGAAGUCGUUAACCCGCACCAACCACAACUUCGACAUGAACACGUUCCUGAACCCGGUGCAGUGCCUGCACUGCUCCAAGUAUCUGAAAGGGCUCAUCUAUCAGGGCUACAAGUGCAACUCGUGCAACAUUGCCGUCCACAAGCAGUGCAUCCAGUAUUCGGGCAAGUGCGGCGUUUCCCUCGCCAAAUUCCACGGUAACGCAAAUGGGUUGACGCUCGGUGACCCAUUGAGCAAUAAGCUGUGGUACGUGGGCGAAAUGGACCGCAACACGGCACAGGAAAGGCUCGAGAGGCGCGAAAACGGCACCUUCUUGGUGAGGAUCAGUCCGAGGAUGAGCAGCGACAAGUACGCGUUGACGCUGAAGACCGACGACACAGUGAAACAUAUGCGGAUUUGUUGCCAGAACGACCCGCCCACCGAGUCGAAAAAGUACUUCCUAUCGCAGUCAAAGUUUUUCAGCAGCAUCGAGGAACUGGUGCUCAAUUACCAGAAUUACAGCCUGAAGGAGAACUUCGCUCGGUUGGAAGAGAACACGAAACUACUGUGGCCGAUAAGGCAGCACAGGGCGGUGGCGGUGAGGAAUUUUGACGCGCAGGACGCGUGCCAGUUGUCACUGAGGGAGGGCCAAGUGGUCAGGGUGAUCGGCAAGGAGGGAUACCGGGACGGCUGGUGGAAAGGCAGGACGGAGGACGACGAGGUCGGCUACUUCCCGGUGAGCGUGAUCCGAAUAGAGGGCGACGUGAGGUUCGACUCGUAAUCGAGACGGGGUAGCCCCAUAUGAGUCUUAAUUGUUUUUAUCUUUUAGAAAUAUUUAUAAAUGUUUCUGUAUAGUUCUGUAAGAUUUUUAUAGAAGAGGAAGAAAAUUGAAUAUUUUUUUAUAUCCAGUGCCAUUUUUUAGCUUUUAUUUUUAUAUUUUUACGUAUCAGCGUUUUUCGGAACCAUCGAGAUUGAGCGAGAGGUUAGGACCGCACGUACAAAGGUCAGAUCUGUAUCGUUUUUUGAUUAUAUAUGUAUGUUUGUUGAAACUAGGGCGCCAGGGAAAUUGUUAAAACGAAUGUCCAGUGCCAAUUUUUUUUGUUAAAACGCCGAAUAUACCCAUUUUUGAGCACUUUUCGAUUUUUAACAGUAUUUAAGCGCAUUUAAUGUUAUAUAAAUUUAGGUCCCGUUUCGAAAUUUCCGGUUUAAUGUGUCCAAUGGUCGAGUAUCUGCGCAGCUCAUUGCAAUUUAUAUCCAAAUAUACGCUGCAAAUAAAAUGUG